ACAAAACUCUUCGUGGACUCGUUUCAUUUUUUGGUGUGAAGAACAAAUCAAUCUCCUUCUCUCUCUCUCUCUCUCUCUCUCUCUCUCUCUCUCUCUCUUCUCUCUCUCUUCUCUCUCGCUUCGUUUUACACUCAAAGGCAACAAACGAAUCUGCAAUUUCUUUGGGGUUUAUUCAAGCUCAUAACAGACCCAAACCUCUCUGGAAAAUCACUUUUGCUUUCGCGGUAGGUGGUGACUACUUUCUCGUGCUGUUGGUAAAAACGGAGAAUGAUAGAAAAGACAUCAAAUAUACUCUGAGAUUGGAGUGUGUGGGUGUGAGCGUGUGACUUCAUCUUUGUAAGAUUUCACAUCGAGGAAGCAAAGACUUGGUUUUAGAGACUCCAUUGAUGACGACUACUAAUUCCUUGUCUGGAAGUGAGCGCUCUCUCUCAGGGGAGUGUUCAGUUGAUGGAAACUCUUAUGAAAGGGGUAAUGAAGAUGAAUGUUCAAGUCAUGGUAGUCAAGAUGAGGUGGACUCCACGCAAAAGGAGAAGAAGGUAGAUUGGCAAUAUAACUUAGAGCGCAAGUCCAAGAGCAUGCCGAGUGACAUUCAAAGGGAUAUAGAAAUCUUGGGCGAGAAAUCGAAAGAAAACGGUGUUGAGGACGUACAAUUCUUAUCUGAUCGUGAAGAUGACAGUGCUGAAAUGGAUGCUCCAAUGUGGGAACCCCCUGAACCGGAAAACUCUGAAGAUGAAGUAGAAGGAAGUGUUGCCGAUGUGGAAGAUGAUGAUGACGAUGAAUGCUGUGAUGGCUCUAAGUGGAACAAAUCGAGUUCUUUAGGGGAAAGUAGUGAAAAGAGAAAGUCAUAUGAAGAGAUUCGAAGAGCUAUGCUUGAUGAUGCAGAUUUGAAGUUUAAGUUCAUUGUGAGUCAACUAAUUAAGCCUGCUGGGUUUUCUAUGGAAGAAGGUGAAAAUUGGAUCGAGAUAAUAACUAGGUUAUGCUGGGAGGCUGCUUCACUACUGAAGCCAGCUAUGACUGGCAAACAAGUUGACCCGACUGAGUACAUCAAAGUGAAAUGCAUAGCAACUGGUUCUUGUAAUGAAAGUGAAGUUUUCAAAGGCCUGGUUUUCAAAAAACAUGCUGCUCUUAAACACAUGGCAACCAAGUAUGAGCGUCCUAGAAUAAUGUUAGUCGAAGGAGUACUGGGCCAACCAUUAAGUGGUUUUUCUUCGUUAAAAUCAAUGGGCAAGGACGAGGAGUAUGUGGCCCCUGUUGUUGCUAUCAUAGAAGCUUCCAAGCCUGACGUUAUGCUGGUGGAAAAGUCCGUUUCACGUGAUAUCCAAUUGUCUAUUCUUGACAAAGGGGUCACUCUGGUGUUUGACAUGAAGCUCCACCGGCUACAGAGAAUUUCUCGCUGCAUUGGUUCACCAAUUUUCUCAUUUGACUCUCUGCCUAGUCAGAAGUUAAAGCAUUGUGAUUCUUUUCGCAUUGAGAAAAUUGUCGAGGAGCAUAAUGCAGUGAGUGAAGCCGAGAAGAAGCCAACUAAAACACUGAUGUUCUUAGAGGGUUGUCCUACCCGCCUUGGCUGCACGAUUUUACUUAAAGGAAGCCACAGCGAGAGGUUGAAAAAAGUCAAAGAAGUAGUGCAAUAUUCUUUUAUCCUGGCUUAUCGUCUAAUCCUGGAGGCUUCUUUCCUCGCUGAUCGGCAAACAAUGUACUCAACCAUCUUUACAAAGGAAGCGACAUCAUGUGUUGCUGAAACAGAAAAAUUUCCACUAUCUCCUUCUCCUCGCGGAUCUGCUUUUGAAGCAGUUGAUAUUCCUUUAUCUAGUGAAUUCGAUGAACAAUCUAUUCAGAUAGACGGGGAAACAGAUGGUGAGAAAGCAGAAACCUUGGAAUCAGAUGGAGAUCAUGUCUUCUCUCACGAGCCAUAUAAUCCAGUUAUCUUUACUGGGUUCUCAUCUUUAUCUGCCAAAAUAAGUAAAUAUUUAGGAUUUGUUCCUAUUCCGGAAUCAGUUCCAAUUUCUGUGGAUACAGAUAUAUCGAACAUCAGCUAUCUUGAUUCGAUAAGGGAAUCUGGGGAAGAUGCUGCAGAAAAGGAUGAAAAUAAACAACCUUUGUUUAUUGACCCAGGGCUUCCGGUGACCACGAAUUCAGAUGAUGGAGACAGGUCACAAACGGAGACUGAUAUUGAGACCACCUUGGAGUCUCAGAGUAUAUUGGUUUUAGUGUCGAAGAGGAAUGCCCGAAGGGGAAUAAUGUGUGACCAAAGUCACUUUUCGCACAUAAAGUUUUACAAGCACUUCGAUGUUCCCUUGGAAAGAUUCCUGCGAGAUAUGUUUAAUCAGAGAAGCCGAUGCCAAACGUGCGAGGAAUUUCCGGAAGCACAUCUUUACUAUUACGCCCAUCACAACAAGCAACUAACAAUACAAAUCAAGCGAAUUCCUGUAGCAAAAUGUUUGUCUGGUGAGGCAAAAGGAAAAAUCUGGAUGUGGAGUCGUUGCGGAAAGUGUAAAACAAAGAAUGGGACCCGGAAAUCCACAAAACGAGUGCUGAUAUCGACUGCUGCUCGUAGCUUGUCAUUUGGAAAGUUUUUGGAGCUCAGCUUUACUCAGCAAACUUUUCUGAAUAGAUUGUGUAGCUGUGGGCACUCUUUCGACAGGGACUUCCUGCACUUCUUUGGAUUAGGCUCCAUGGUUGCUAUGCUUAGUUACUCCCAAGUCAAGCCUUACACAAUAGCUCUGCCACCCAUGAAGCUGGAGGCUAGCAUUUUGAUAAAAGUGGGUUGGCUGGAGAAAGAAUUCCAAAAAGUAUUCACUAAAGGGAUCUCCUUGUUCGAGGACGCUGCUAGUUUUCUGAAGAGACUAAAAUCACAGUUCAAAAAUUCAGAUCUCAGCUAUCAGUGUGCACUCAAAUUGCUUUCUAACAUCGAGGAGUUGCUGAAGCACGAGCGUUGCGGAUUUGAGGAAAGCAUCAAGAUAUCUUUUGACAAGUCUAAAACCAUAGAUGAUGUUUCGCACAAACUGCUCCGCUUAAACCGCAUGAGGUGGGAACUUUUGCUUCAAGCUCUCAUCUGGAACUACCGGUUGCAGUCGCUGGUUUUGUCUGAUCGUUUGCUACCUUCAAGUGGUGACAAGAAGGGAAAUGAAGAAGGUGUGAAAAUCAUCUCCGAGGCUGGAAUGACCAGAUAUGAAAAUAAUGACAAAGUUUCUGAUUCUGUUAGCAAUGGAGGCAUGGACGGUCCAUAUGUUAAAAGCAAAGAAAUACCAAUCUUUGAUGUGCUUGUUGGGGACAAUGAUCAGACGGAAGAAUCUGAUGUGCCUGAAGACAAUGAAUCGCAAACUCUGUCCAGCUCGAGACCCGACACAACCUCUCCCAUCAACGAUCAUUUUGACACUCAUUUGGCUGUUAAUAUCCAUUCAACCAAUGAACAAGAAGCGGACAAAUCAAUUCCCGUUACUGGAGAUUCACUGGAUGGUGAGGUUGCUGCCUCUAAUGGAUCACACAUCUUAGGUUGGGAUGAAUGGUUUUGGCUACCAUAUGAAGAGGUACGCUCGAAGCCCAUUGUCGACAUUGAGAAGGAAUACUUGUUGAAAUACGAGUAUGUUAAUAAUUUUACCCAAGAAAACCUUCAGACGGUGAACCAGAUAAUCACUGAGGAAGGCUCUCGUCUACGCAUCUCUUUGAGAGAUGAUGAAUUUAUCGUGUCAGACUAUGAAGACGAGCUCUCGAGCCUAAUUGCUUGCGCACUUGCCCAUCUGAACAAUGCUGAGAACAGAUCGCCUCUUUCAAGGUGCAUACAUGGAUCUCUUGAAGGUUUCUUGGAUAAAGAUCAAGAACAUAAGCAAACUUUUGACCGUGAGGUAUCCCGUUUCUCGAGUGAGACUACAAAUCGGUUGGAAACACUUCCUCCUCCAGAGGUCCUCGUUACUUUUGGGUCACUCAAAUCAGUUGGGAAACCCAAAUACUCGAUUGUGUGCCUAUAUGCAGAUGAUUUCCGUGACCUAAGAAAGCGUUGCUGCUCCUCAGAGCUUGAUUACAUAGCUUCACUUAGCCGCUGUAAGCCGUGGGAUGCUAAAGGUGGGAAGAGCAAAUCCGUGUUCGCUAAGACUCUGGAUGAUAGGUUCAUCGUAAAAGAGAUCAAGAAAACAGAAUACGAAUCAUUUGUGAAGUUUGCUCCAGAGUAUUUCAAAUACAUGAGGGACUCAUACGAUCUAGGCAACCAGACUUGUCUUGCCAAAGUUCUUGGGAUCCAUCAGGUAACUGUAAGGCAACCAAAGAGCGGGAAAGAGAUACGGCAUGACUUGAUGGUCAUGGAGAAUCUCAGCUUUGGCAGUAAAAUUACUCGCCAGUAUGAUCUCAAAGGUGCUCUACACGCUCGGUUCACCGCCACUUCUGCUAAUGGCGCAGAAGAUGUUCUCUUGGAUCAGAACUUCGUCAACGACAUGAACAAAUCCCCGCUUUACGUUAGCAAAACAUCAAAACAAAAUCUCCAAAGAGCGGUUUAUAACGACACCAGUUUUCUCACCAGUAUAAACGUGAUGGACUAUUCGUUGCUGGUUGGAGUAGACGAUGAAAGUCAUGAGCUAGUGUGUGGGAUCAUUGACUACUUGAGGCAAUACACAUGGGACAAGCAGUUAGAGACUUGGGUGAAAUCGUCUUUGGUGGUUCCAAAGAAUGUGCAGCCGACAGUGAUUAGCCCGAUUGAUUACAAGACGAGGUUCAGGAAGUUCAUGAAGACACAUUUCUUGUGUGUCCCUGACCAAUGGUGCAACCAAGGAGACUGAUUCUUGAGGACAAAAAAGCAAAAGCUUUUUAGCUUGAAUUACAGAAGCUAUAUUUGAUUAUACCAUAUCCAGUUUAAUUCUCUCAUAUGAUUCUUUCAUUUGAUUAUAUAUAAUUCACAUGUAAUGUAUAUAGAGACAGCUCAAAGCUUUUAUUCACCCUGUCAUUGUGCAGUUUUUUAGCAAA